AUGGCCGCAAAUGAAGAUGAACUUCAUUACAUCGAAGUGUUUCAGAACUGCUUCAACAAGAUCGCCCACAAGCAGCAAGGUAACAUCUCCACCAUACUGUCCCCCUCCCUGUCCACCCGACCCAAACACCCCACCCAUCCCCCCGCCCGGCCACCCACGAGGCCCCCCAUCGCUCCAAUGCAUCACUACUUUCACUAUUUCGAGCCCACACAAGCAUCCCUGUCCCCGAACCUGCCAGCCCUCCCCACCCCUAACCCCCACUUCCCCACCACUCUGGCCGUGCGUUCAAGUGAUGAUCACUUGUUCCUCAUGUACAAAAGUCGUGGCGAUUCCAUGCCUUAUGUGAUGCCUUACGGGUCUUCAGGUGACUCUCACUCUCACGAAGAAGUACUCCUGCAAAUGGGACAACCCGUGCAGGGCUCACACCCGCCCCAAACUGGUGUCCCCGUAGGAGUACAAUCACAUUAUCACCAAUUAGGUGGUGACCAUCAUAUGCACCAUACGCACCAUCAUAUGGCACCUCCGACCGGCCCUAAUGGCACUCAAACUCAAUCCAGUGCUUCGGAUACACAAUAUUUCCCACCGUUUUGUGAUACACAAAGAGGCACACUGUAUGGUUCGGAUGCAUCGAGUUAUUACUUAGACUCGGGUGACUGGAACGGACAGUCCAAUUACCACGCCUUCGGACCCCCGCAGCCGCAAACGCCACAACCAGUACAGGCAUCUCCCGUCUCGUCGGUGUCGAGUGGAGGGGUGGGAGGUGUGGGUGCAGUACCGACUCAGGCAUAUCUUCACGACAAUAUCUACGAAAACAGUCCAAUUAUAUCAAGUCUUCCUCCAAUGUCCUCAUUUCGCGCUCAAACGGGCCCAUCGGUAGCGCACCCGACAGUCUCGCCCUCAUCUGUGUUCGUCUCGCCGACCGGUACCACCACCAGCGGGUCGCCCAGUCUUACCACUCAGUCCGCGUCCGGAGAAGCGAUCGGUAAGGCGUUGGCCAGCAUUUACUCAAGUGGUUCGGGUGUCGCCAACGCUGACCACACGCCGAGCAGCUAUUCCGGAUCGGCCUCAUCCACGCCAGUCUCCUCUCCUCAGACAUGGCCCUCAAGACUGACCACUACUACCACAACCGCUUCAUUUGCCAAUACCACUGAUGCAACUGACGCUCAUUUGCAUACUUUGCAAUCGGCACAACUCGAUGACCAGUUCGAAGAUGCCAUUCAUUUGUUGAGAGAUCACACAGAGCACUCGAGGGGUGUGAUGGGUGAACGUCUUGAUGAUGCCAUUGAUAUUCUACGCAAUCACGCGGAAGGGGCGCCCAAUUAUCUCACUGCAAACCUAACUCAACUCGAGAGUCAUGUGGUAUGCAUUGCGUCGGACGUAGUGGUUGACCCGCAAAGUGGUAAUCCAUUUGCUUUUGACAAUUCACAGCCAAGUCCUUCAAGUCUAGAAGCAGGUCGUAGUGGAGUCGUAACUAACGUCAACCCGAGUCAACUGAGGUGCGACUCCGCGCCUCCACCGACAGCCCCCACCACCAGUAAAAAAGGUUCGGCGCGAUCCACGCCCAACGCCAACGGCAGUAACAACGCAAACAGUCACGGGAAGGGCUCAAAACGGUCCCGAUCUCGAUACAGUAGUUCUGCCGAUGAGGACGACCCGCCGGAGAUCAAAGUGGAGCGCGAGAAGGAGCGCCGACAGGCCAACAAUGCCAGGGAACGGAUUCGUGUGCGCGAUAUAAACGAGGCGUUCAAAGAAUUGGGACGAAUGGUAGUGAUUCACCUGAAGUGCGACAAAGCGCAGACCAAACUCAAUAUUCUGCAUCAGGCCGUGGAUGUGAUCACUAGUUUAGAACAACAAGUUAGAGAACGAAAUCUGAAUCCAAAGACGGCGUGUCUGAAGAGGCGCGAGGAAGAGAAGUCUGAGGAGGCGAGCGGUGGGGGCCCUAAGUUUGUCCAUCACAUGACUGCGAAUCAAACUAAUCCUAAUGUUAAUGCCAUAUCUAUA